AUGGCACAAGCGACGCAAGAUUUAAUCGACUAUACGAAAACGUCGUGGAUUUAUGAACUAAAAAAACCGGAACUGAGAAAAAUAAUCCAAGAUUUAAAAUUGGUGGCGGAUGAAAAUUUAAGUAUCGACGAGUUACGCAGAAUUGUACGCGCGCACGUAAGCGAGAUCAACGAAAGCAGAUCAAAGCAAGCGGACGAGGCUUGUAAUUUAUUAGUAAACAAGAAACCGAAAAUCAUCCACACAAUGACGGAGAGUAGUAGGGCGAAAUUGGAAUUUCACCUCGGAGAUGACUGGGAAACAUACACCGAGAGACUGGAGCUAUAUUUUGUCGCAAACGAUGUGAAGGACGAGAAACAAGCAGCGGUAUUGCUAACAAAAAUAAGCGCAGACACGUAUAAGCUUAUUAGAGAUUUGUGUACACCAGUUAAGCCGUCAGCGAAGACAUUUGCACAAUUAGUGAAAUUAGUCAACGAUCACUUGAAUCCAAAGCCAUCGGAAACGAUGGAAAGAUGCAAAUUUCAUCAAGCACAACAAUCGCAUACAGAAUCAGUAGCAGAAUUUGCAGCAAGGUUGAAAAAUUUAUCAAUUACAUGCAAUUUCGGGAACAACGCGACAACAGCGCUACGAGACCAACUUGUUUGUGGCUUAAGAGAUCACGCGACGAAAACAUUGUUAUUUCGAGAGGAGAACUUAACGUUCGAUAAGGCAUUCAAGUUAGCGACAACAGUAGAAUCGGCAGAAAAAAAUGCUAGCUCUACAAGUAGACCAAACGGAGAGUCGUCGAAAGAAACAGUAAAUAAAUUUCAAGGAAAUUCAGAAAAUAAUCGUCAGUUCCAGUCACGGGGCAAGGGGUCAAACCGAGGUAAGCAAGGGAGCCCACAGCAUAACAAUAAUACACGACCAGGGGUCAAAGAUAAGCGGACGACAAACAUAAACCAAGAACGUUCUUCUUCAUGUUACUGCUGCGGAAAAAAUAAUCACUGGGCACGUGAUUGUUACCAUCGCUUCAACACGUGUAAUAUCUGCAAGCAGAAAGGACACUUGGCUUCAGUAUGCAAAACCGGAAGAGCAGUCCAGCAUAUACAGCAGGGUACAGAUGACCACGAGGAACAGCAACGGGACGAGUACGACUUCUUCAUGGCAACAGACGGCAACGACUCAUCAAAAACAACAAGCGGUAAAUUAUACUAUAAGGACCAUGUAAAUGAUGUAGAAGCGGAACCAAUGUAUAUGAGUAUGAUGAUUAACGGAAAAAGGAUAGAAAUGGAAAUUGAUACAGGGUCAUAUGCGGCGAUAAUUUCAAAAAAAGAUAGAGAAUUGUAUUUCCCGAACUGUGAAGUCAAAGCAAGCAAAGUACCGUUGAAAGCAUAUGGCAAAGUGUUGUUAGAACAUGAAGGGAUACUUGAUAACUUAGAUGUUAGGUUAGGUAAACAAAGAGCAACACUUCAAAUGCGAGUAAUGACGAGAGACGGUCCUAUAUUAAUUGGUAGACACUGGUUGAAAGUCUUUGGGUUGUGGCCUUUCGAAUUAAAGAAAAGAGUUGAAUUUUGCAACAAAAUUAACUUAAUGAGCGUAACAAAAGAUUUCACAUCUAAAUAUCCAAAAUUAUUCGGUAAAGGACCAGGUUUAUACAAUAAAGGAAUGCUGAAACUAAUGGUAAAAGAAGGUACGAAACCUGUGGCACUAAAAGCGAGACAUUUACCAUUCGCGUUGGCAAGUAAAGUUGAAGAUGAGAUAAACAGACUAGUAAGAUUAGGUCAUUUAGAGAAAAUCGAUGUCAGUGAAUGGGCAACACCGAUUGUCCCGGUAAUAAAAUCAGACGGAUCUGUUAGAAUUUGUGGAAAUUUUAAACUAACGUUAAAUCCCAGCUUGAUUAGAGACAGGCACCCAAUACCAUUAAUCGACGAGAUUUUUGUAGCGUUAAGAAACGGUAAAACUUUUUCACAGAUUGAUCUGCAGCACGCUUAUAUGCAGAUCCCGGUAGAGGAAAGCAGUCGAGAUUUCCUGACAAUAAUAACGCACAAAGGUCUCUACCGGUACACAAAAAUGACGGAAGGAAUUGCAUCAGGUCCAGGAGAUUUUCAGCGGAAAAUAGAGCAGUGUCUAUCAGGCAUCGAUGGUGUAAUUCCUUAUCUAGACAAUAUUUUUGUAACGGGAGAAACCGACGAAAUUCAUUUAAAAACAUUGUAUAUGGUAUUCCAAAGAUUAGAACAAAGUGGAUUUCAUGUAAAUAUCAAUAAAUGUGAUUUUUUCAAAGAGAAGCUAGACUUGUUAGGAUUUGUUAUUAACAAGGAGGGAUUACACAAAUCAGAAACAAAAGUGAAAGCAAUGACAAAUGCACCGGUACCGCGAAAUAAGAAACAAUUAGAAUCUUUUAUCGGAUUGAUUACUUAUUAUGCGAGAUUUCUACCUAAUAGAGCAGAAAAGUUACAACCUUUAUAUAAAUGUGCUAAAGCGGAAACGUUUAAAUGGACGGUAGAAUGUCAAAAAGCAGUUGAUUGGGUCAAAAUGGAAUUAAUAUCACCUCGAGUAUUGGCACACUACGAUCCGAAAGAAGAUUUAGUAUUGUCAUGUGAUGCGUCCACGUAUGGAUUAGGAGCAAUUUUAGCGCACCGAUAUAAAGAUGGUACGGAGAAACCAAUAGCUUAUGCAUCUAAAGUAAUACCGGAAAAAGAAUUAAAUCGCGCAAUCAUUGAUAAGGAAGCCAGUGCAAUCGUAUUUGGAUUUAAAAAGUUCUACAACUAUAUUUACGGAACAACUACACUAACGUUACGGACAGAUCACAAACCUUUGGUUUUUAUCUUUGGUCCAAAGCAAGAAAUUCCUUUGACGGUAGCAAGUAGAUUACAAAGAUGGGCGUAUUUUCUAUCGAGAUUUACAUACACCAUAGAAAGCUUUAGAUACAUUAAACGCGGAAAAAUUGCAAAAGAAACAAAGAAGGAUAAGCUAUUGAGUAACGUUAUUAAGUAUAUAAGCGGUACAUGGCCAGCGGUAAGCGAGAUGAAUGAGGAUGAGAAUAAAUUCUAUGCGAAACGGGAUGAAUUGAAUGUCGAAAAAGAGUGCUUACUGUGGGGAUAUCGCAUAGUGGUACCAGAAGCAGUAAAACCCAGUGUUCUAAGUGAAUUGCACGCGUCACAUUUUGGGGUGGUAAAAAUGAAAAUGUUGGCAAGAAACUAUGUGUGGUGGCCAAACAUUGAUAAAGACAUUGAGAAUGUAGCAACGGCAUGUAAAGUGUGCGUGCAAGAGAGAAAGAAACCGCCUAAUGUUCCGCUAACGCCAUGGCCGUAUCCCGAUAAGUGCUGGAGUAGGAUACAUACUGAUUUCCUAGGUCCUGUUCAUGGACAUAUGUUCAUGGUAGUAAUGGAUGCGUAUUCAAAAUGGCCAGAAGUUAUCGAUAUGAACAAAUGCACCACGGCAGGGAGGGUCAUUGAGGAGUUUAAGAAAAUUAUAGUUAGGUACGGAUUACCGAAGCAUGUAGUAACUGAUAACGGCACACAAUUCACGAGUAACGAAUUUCGAGAAUUUUGUAAAGCGAACGGUAUCAAGCAGAGUUUCACAGCACCGCAUCAUCCAGCAACAAAUGGUGCAGCUGAAAACUUUGUCGGCAGAUCACCGGCGUUCAUGAUGUUUAAACGAGAAAUAAGAACGCGCUUUGAGUUAAUGAAACCGAGUGUAAUCGAUGAUGUAGAGAAACAACAGAGAGCGCAAAUCAUAAGUAGACGCGGUAAUCGAAAUGUUGAGUUCCAAACAGGUGACAUGGUAAUGGUUGAGGAUUUUGGUGUCAGAAGUAAAAAACGGGUCGUAGGCACGAUCGAAGAAAAAGUAUCACCGGUAACGUUUAGGGUGAAGGUUGCACCUGAUAAGCUAUGGAAACGACAUGUCGAUCAAAUCAUUAGAUACACACCGACGGUGGCCGAUAACGAUAAAGGUACAGCGGUACCAGCAAGCGAAUCUCGAGUGAAGCUACGCCGCUCGGAAAGAACAAGUAAAGGGGGCGAGUUGUAA